AAGCAAAACAUUGAUGACUGCAAGCGAUUCCUGUACUUGAUGUGGUCCUAUAAAAUGCAAACACACUCCAAUUGAACCUGGACGCCAUUCUGUACACAUUUUCUUUCUGUGCCCAAACUUCGCAAGCAAACAUCACAACACAUCCAUGGCAACUGCCGGCGUGCAAGAAGCUCGUAUUCCCCCGCUAACUUCCGCUUCCGAGCCACCUCCUCUUUUCGACGGAACCACCAGGUUGUAUAUCAGUUAUAUUUGUCCCUAUGCGCAGCGUGUUUGGAUCGCUCGGAACUACAAGGGACUACAGGACAAGAUCGAACUGGUUCCUAUUGAUCUUCAAAACAGACCUGCCUGGUAUAAGGAGAAAGUCUACCCAGAAAACAAGGUGCCGUCAUUGGAGCACAAUGGGAAGGUCUUGGGAGAAAGUCUCGAUUUGGUCAAAUACGUAGAUGUCAACUUCGAAGGUCCAUCUCUGGUUCCCAGUGAUCCUGCCAAGAAAGAAUUUGGUGAGCAGUUGAUUUCUUAUGUUGAUACUUUCACCAAAGAGCUAUAUUCUGCAUUGAAAGGAGAUCCAAUACAACAAGCCAGUCCUGCUUUUGAUUACUUGGAGAAUUCUCUUGGUAAAUUUGAUGAUGGGCCAUUUUUUCUUGGUCAAUUUAGCUGGGUGGAUAUUGCCUAUAUUCCAUUUGUUGAAAGAUUCCAGCUUGUCUUUUUCGAGGUGUUCAAACAUGAUAUAACUGAAGGAAGACCUAAACUUGCAGCGUGGAUUGAGGAAGUGAACAAGAUUAAUGCGUAUACACAAACAAGAGGUGAUCCUAAGGAUAUUGUUGACUUUUUCAAGAAACGGUUUUUGGCUCAACAGUAAAAUCCAGAGAGUCAUCAUCUAAGAUGUAGAUUAUUGGCAAUAAAGUGUUAUGUGUGUUUGGGACGCUUCUUUUGUUUGCUAGAGUCGAUAAUAAGCUGUUAUAAGCAUUGGUUUGGCUGAUAGAGUUGCUGCAAGAAAUUAGAUUUCAAGAUUUAGGUGAUGUAUAUGUAGCAGCUUGGCUGGUGUUUGCGUGGCGCUUUCAAUACUAAGUGGCAUGGAAUUAUCCUAUGAUUAUUGUGUUUGGAUAUGUAAUUUCCUAACUAAUUAAUUGUCUUUUUUAUAUUC